UUUGAGUCUCUCUCGACGUAAUCAAUGCAUAGAAUCUUAUAGAUGAAUUAUUUUUUCAAAAUGAUUAAGGAAGUAUAUUUCCUGUAUCUAACGGGACCGAACUUUAAUAAUUAAGACAGUAAGACUGAUACGAUUUGUGUUUGCAGCUGUACAGAGAGUGCUUAGUCAGUUUCCGUGUUAGCUAGCCGUGUCGGAAGUUGGAAUUUGACAAGCAUCUGUAGGUGACCUCAGUCAUAUCCCUAAUGUUUACACCGGACCUAGGGUACAGCUAUAAUCGGUUCGUCAGUACUGUGAGUUUAUGGGCCUAAUGGACAAAAUUUGCAAAUGAUAUAACAGGACUCAAAUAGACCAGGACUAAAAUGGCGGCGCCUUACCAUUGGCAGAGUCACAAUGUCAAGACCAGUGGCGUGGACGACAUGGUCCUCCUGCAGAAGAUCUCGGAGUCCUCGAUUGUCGAGAACCUCAAAAAGAGAUUUAUGGAGGAUACCAUCUUUACCUACAUUGGACCAGUACUGGUGUCCAUCAACCCCUUCAAGCAGCUGAGUAUCUUCACAGACAGGGAGGUGGAGAUGUACCAGGGGGCGGCCCAGUACGAGAACCCCCCUCAUAUCUACGCACUGGCUGACAACAUGUACAGAAAUAUGAUGAUAGACAUGGAGAACCAGUGUGUGAUUAUAAGCGGUGAAAGUGGUGCUGGAAAAACAGUGGCUGCCAAAUUCAUCAUGGGUUUCAUUGCCAAGGUGUCGGGUGGCGGUCCCAAAGUCCAGAGAGUUAAAGAUGUUAUACUGGAGUCCAAUCCUUUAUUAGAAGCUUUUGGAAAUGCAAAGACAGUUCGCAAUAAUAAUUCUAGUCGCUUCGGUAAAUAUGUGGAGAUUCAGUUCAGCCGUGGAGGAGAACCUGAUGGAGGCAAAAUAUCAAACUUUCUGCUAGAGAAGUCUCGUGUUGUGAUGCAAAACCAGAAUGAGAGAAAUUUCCAUGUAUUUUACCAGAUGUGUUUUGGGGCUGACAAUAAACUCAAAGAGACUCUGGGACUCACUAGUCCGGAUUAUUAUAUGUACCUGAACCAGAGUGGAGCAUACAAAGUGGAUGGAACUGAUGAUGUUCAGGAAUUCAAAGAAACUAUGCAUGCUAUGGAAGUGGUGGGCAUUCCUGUUGAAAACAGAGAGGACAUACUGACUCUCAUUGCGGCCAUUCUUCAUCUCGGGAAUGUGAAUUUCGUGGAGGACGGAAACUAUGCCAAAGUGCAGAACGAUGACUUUUUACAGUAUCCCUCUUACCUGCUCGCGGUGGACCAGGAAUUUCUCCGCCAGAAGUUGACUAGUCAUACAAUGGACAGUAAAUGGGGAGGGAAGACCGAGCGGAUUGAGGUCACACACAAUGUAGAGCAGACAGAAUUCACCAGAGAUGCCCUAUCAAAGGCCCUGUACUCACGAAUAUUUGACUACCUUGUCAAUGCUGUAAACAAAGCCAUGAGGAAAGACUAUGAGGAAAUCAACAUUGGAAUUUUAGAUAUUUAUGGUUUUGAAAUAUUCCAAAAGAAUGGAUUUGAACAGUUUUGCAUAAACUAUGUGAAUGAAAAACUACAGCAGAUUUUUAUAGAGUUGACAUUAAAGGCUGAACAGGAAGAGUAUGUAAAUGAGGGUAUAAAAUGGACACCCAUCGAAUACUUUAACAACAAAAUUGUGUGCGAUUUGAUCGAGAGUAAAUCACCACCAGGAGUUAUGUGUAUCAUGGACGAUGUGUGUGCGACCAUGCAUGCUGUAUCAGAAGGGGCGGAUCAAACAUUAUUACAGAAAUUAAGUGCUGGUGUCGGAAGCCACGAGCAUUAUCAGGGAUCCAGUAUUGGAUUCGUCAUUCAUCAUUACGCUGGAAAGGUGUCCUAUGAUGCUGAAGGAUUCUGCGAACGAAACAGAGAUGUUCUAUUCCAGGAUUUAGUUAUGCUGAUGCAAUCCAGUCAAAAUGAAUUCUUAGUCAGUUUGUACCCUGAGGAUCUCAGCCAGCAGACCAAAGGGAGACCAUCCACUGUGUCCAGUAAAAUUAAGACGCAGGCUAACAAGUUGGUAGACACACUAAUGAAGUGCACACCACAUUACAUAAGAUGUAUUAAACCAAACGAAACAAAGAAACCCAGAGACUUUGAGGAUAGCAGGGUGAAGCAUCAGGUUGAAUACUUAGGUCUGAAAGAAAACAUCCGCGUUAGACGAGCUGGGUUUGCAUUCAGGAGAGAGUUUUCCAAAUUCUUGAGACGGUACGCCAUUUUGACCCCAGAAACCUGGCCAGCGUGGCGUGGGGACACUAAACAGGGAAUCAAACACCUGAUGAACUACGUCAACAUGGAUGCUGACCAAUGGCAACUUGGAAAGACCAAAGUGUUCAUAAAAAAUCCAGAAUCGUUGUUUUUACUGGAAGAGAUGAGAGAGAGAAAGUUUGAUGCCUAUGCUCGUGUCAUCCAGAAAGCCUACAGAAAAUACCACGCCCGGAAGACCUAUUACAAACUGCGAGAAGAAGCUUCGGACAUUUUAUUUAACAAGAAGGAGAGGAGGCGACACAGCCUGAACCGGAACUUUGUCGGUGAUUACAUCGGAAUGGAGGACAAUCCCGCAUUACGUACGUUCGUAGGAAAGCGAGAGAGAAUCGAGUUUGCUGACACUGUGCUGAAAUUUGACAGAAGGUUCAAGCUUGCAAAAAGAGAUCUUCUAUUGACAGCAAAGAAGAUCUACCUAAUAGGCAGAGAAAUAGUGAAAAAAGGACCAGACAAAGGGAAAAUGAUCGAGGUUCUCAAAAGAGAUAUUCCACUUGAACACAUUAAGCAGGUGUGCCUUAGUCCCUAUCAGGAUGAUAUUUUUGUGAUACAUAUAGAAAAUGACUUCAGCAGUAUGUUGGAAUCCAUGUUUAAAACAGAAUUUCUGAUGACCUUGAAAAAGAGAUACAAGGACAAAACAAACAGGGAGCUCCAUAUCAGUUUCUUGGAAGCAAUUGAGUUUCCAGUGAAAAAAGAAGGAUGGGGAGGAGGAGGAAACAGGGUGAUUAAAUUCCAGAAGCUCCCUCAGCCUAGUGACAUAGCCAUCUUGAAACCGUCGGGGAAAACUCUAAACGUGUCGAUAGGGCCAGGAUUACCCAAAGACUCCCGUCCAGGGAAAACAAAGAUGGCCGUCAGUAAUGGCAACAUGCGCACUAGAAGGGCAGGGUCACAAAGAGGACCUCCAUCACGCCCUGCACCCACUAGACCGCCACCAAACUUCGCGCCCCCUGACAUACCAGGAUCAGGCCCCACACACGGAGGAGGAGGAAAACGAAGAUCUCGUCUAAACAGUGACCAUGCACCAUCAUUGCCUCAGGGUGGCUUCCAGCAAGUUCUACGAAAGAGUAAGAAGAAUGCGCCUGUUAACAACAACUUCAUGGCUACCCCUGACGCCGGGCAGGCUGGAAUUUUAGCCAAGUUAGACCAGGACCGGAUAACCUCUCAAAUUCAGCGGAGGAAGUCAGGAGGAAAGCCCCCACCCCCUGGAGCAGGGCGACCAAAGCCUCCGCCCCAGAAACCUAAGCCCAGCCUACCUAAGUGUCGCUGUCUGUAUGCUUAUGAUGCUCAGGAUACAGAUGAACUGAGCUUCAACGAAGGAGAUGUUAUUGAUAUUCUCAAAGAAGACCCAGCUGGGUGGUGGAGGGGCCGUUUAAGAGGAAAGGAAGGACUGUUCCCAGCUAAUUACAUAGAAAAGAUAUGACAACCUCCCAGUACACUGCAUGCCCCAAAGAUAGGUGGAAGUCACAUGACCCAGGAGUAAUGGUGGGCAGAAGGCUGAACAAGCAUAUCAUCAUGUCAAGCAGGGAAAUUUAAUGGGCGAACAACUCUUGUAGCUUUGCAUUUCUUCUGUGCCCAAUGCCCAACAAAAUGGUAGACAAACUGACUGUUGCUAUGCAAAUUUCCAUUCUCACUUCUCAUUUCAUUCUAUUAGUAGUAAACAUUCUUGGUAUCUAAAUACACUGCAUGUUUAACUGUUCCUGAUGAAAUGGAGGACUCGGUCUUUAUCAUGUUGAGUGAUACUGAAGGCGACAUACAAUUUCUUUCCUGUUGAUAUGUGUUAAACACUUGCAGAAUGAGUAUGUUAAAUUCAGUAUGGUGUUUCAGUAAUUGGCAUUUAAAGUGGUGAUACUAUGAUGAAUGAUUAUCAAAUAGGUUUACAGUCAUUAUUUUGUUUUUCAUGCUUUCUGCAAAAAUAUCUCAUGUUAUGUUACAUUGGAUUUUUUUUGCGCUAGGUAGUUCUGUAAAAAAAAAAUAUAUAUCUACGACAGUAUAUAAACCACCGUAUUGAUAAAAAAAAAUUAGAUAUGUACAGUGUAUCAUCCUGUAAUGAUGAGCUUCAUGGCAUGUACCUAAACAUUCAAAAUAUCAAUUUUUAGUAGCUUAAGUUCCUUUUGAAAUUUUGCGUCAUUGAAAUCUGUAGUAGAAAUUUUGAUAAUUACUGUAGUACAAUUAAUCAAGGUUAGAAACAUCAUUGAAAAUGUAGUAGAAAUUUUAAUAAUUAUUUAAUACAAUUAAUCAAGGUUAGAAACAUUAUUGAAAAUGUAGUAGAAAUUUUAAUAAUUAUUUAAUACAAUUAAUCAAGGUUAGAAACACUGAUGUGUUGUGGAAGAGACACUGCUCAGCACAUCAUCAUUCUCUUGUUGAGAUAUAUAUUUUUAUAAGACAUUUAUUUGUUGAGAAAUUAUAAUUUUGUUGAUGCUGUUAUUUCUCUGUUAUUGGUGAACAUCUGUGUAAAUGAUGUGGAGGUCUAUUGUACACACUAAACAAUUGGUGUCCAAGCAGGUAAGAUAUUCUGUGAAUAACCAGUGCCCGAGCUGUUCAGCUUUAUGAAUGUCUCAUACUUCAUGGUCAGAACCGCUACGUCACGUGUUCACAACUAUGCAUUUCUCCGUCCUGCAGUUGGAAAUUUGUCAGUUAAAUUUUACACAAAAUAUUGAGAAUUCUUUUUAUUUGUAACCCACAGGCACCUAUUCAAAAAUUCAUAACAUUCGAGACAAGUGUCUGUGUUGUAACUACUUUUAAUUCUCUGAGCAACAAAGAAUGUUUUAGGAUAAUUUUGUUUUAUUAAUAUACAGUAACUAUGAAUACUCUGUUUUUAACUUAGCAAAUUGAUCUUCAAAUAUUUAAUCAGGAAGUUAGAUAGGAAACAAAGUCCGAAAAGUGUGAUAUCAUGAUAAUGAUUAUUGUGUAUCAAUGCUUUACAAGAAUUUCUUUGAAAAAACAAAAUGUCUCAAAACUGGAGUUUACUUGUACCUCAGGAGAGGGAAGAAUGACAGACGUUAUGCAGAGUGACAGUGAUGUUAUAUAGAGUUAACAGAAUAAGCUUGUCUGAAUAUUUGUAAGAGUUAAGGAAUUUGUUGUGCACCGUGUAAUAAUUUAAAUGUGAUUAAGGUUAUAUCUGAAAAAGUGUUCAACAUUACCAUAUUGACCAUUCCUUCAGUGAAUCGAUUUAUCAAUAAAUGUGAUACAUGACGCUGGAUAAUAUGCCACCAUGACUAAUCAAAUUGUUAUUCUAUUGUAAAAGAUCUGUUAUAUUUUUAGCAACUGAUAUUUUUAUAUGCAUAUUUUCUCAUUUGUAAUUAUUCAUUAAACUGAAUAUGUAGCUUUUACAA